AUGAGCCAGCAGUCGACCAGUGCUGAAGACGAAGACGAAAACGGCUGUGAGCCCGAGUUGACACAGCUGUCGUCGAAUAAGCAUGAGCCAAGGUUCCACUUCCGCGCAAUACGGAACCCCGCCAGCGUCGUCCCCACCCCCGUCGUCGCCACCCCCAUCCUGUGA